CCAAUUUGAAGAACUGACACUUAAGAAGAAAUAUGACAAAAUACUGAACAAUGUAAAGGCAACGUAUUGGAAAUCACUCUAGCAAAGGUCAUGGUGGUUACAAGAGUGGAGGUGUUGAUCAUAACAGCUCCUAGACAAGCUUCUCUUGUCAGAGAGGACGUGGUCGUGGAUGAAACAAAAAAUCAAGCGUGGACUAUUUCAAUUGUCACAAGCGUGGUCAUUUCGCCAAUGAGUGCAGAUCAAGAGUGGCCAGUGGUGAGCUUUGCGUCAUUUGACCGAAGCAUGUCAUCUCACCGUAAGGUGUCAUCCCUCCGCCGCCGGCCACUGCAAAGUGACUCCAGUGAGAUGACACCUUACGAACCAGAUUCCAUCCCCCCUGGAAAUAAUUCCACCGAGCCCAAUAAACCUCUUACCCUUCUCACUUCAAAGCCCACUGCCACACAGACCUCACAAGCCCAAAAUCAUUCUCCAUCUAUACCUGAAAAAUCCACACCCCCCCUUUUACCUUGUGCCAUGCCAUCUGAUCCUCCAACCACUUCUAACCCUUCUACCAUCACUCCUGUACCCACUAGCAACCCUUCUUUCACAACCACCCUGGAACCCCUCACUUUAUCCCCCUCUCCACCUAAGCCUUCUUCAGAACAUUCACCACUCAACACUGAACUUGAGCAGUCAGCUUUUGAAAUCAGAUUUCAUCAAGAGACCUUCUCAAACCUCUUUUGCCUCCUGGUUGAAGGAAGAGAUGAACACAUACUCAAGGAAAUGAAAUCCAGUGAAGCCCCCUCAGCUUUUGAUGACCUUCUCAUAAAAAAGAACCCAAGGCAGGAACUGUUUUACUACUCUGAUGAAGAGACUUCAUUCACCCCUGCACAUAACAAAAGAGAAAACCCAAGAGUUAGAAGAGUUAUAGCUAAAAACCUCCCAAGGUUAUCUUUUCUCCUCAAAGACUUAAACAUCAACUUUCUAGCCAUUAUUGAACCUAAAAGCAGCCUCAACAAUAUUGCUACUUACCAUAUUAAACUGGGGUUUGAUUCCUCUAAGUCCUUAUGCAACAACAAAGUAUGGACUUUCUGGAAAUCAGACUUCUUCACCCUAGCCCCCACUGUCCCUAUUACAUCUUCCCCCCAAAUUGGAACCCUCUACUUCUCAUCCUCUCCCCUCAACUCCCCCUGCAUCAUCUCAGUUGUUUAUGGUCUCCACACCAAAGAAGAAAGAAGAGAGCUCUGGACCACCAUCUCCAACCUAGCAGAGUCCACUCAUUCCCCCUGGAUCAUGGGAGGUGAUUUUAAUGCCAUCAGCUCUAUAAACCACCAUAAAGGCAAAAGCUCUCCCUGCCUAGCUAGCAUCAGUGAGUUUGACCACUGUAUAAACUCAAAUGGGCUGAUUGACCCCCCUUACUCUGGGUCACCUUACACAUGGUUGGGAAAUAGAAGCCUUGGAAAAGUUUGGAGAAGAUUAGACAAAAUUUUCUACAAUUCAGCUAUUCAAGACCUCAACCUUCAUAUUAAUUCCCAACACCUGCCUCGUGGUAACAGUGAUCACUCCCCCAUUCUGCUUAAGCUCUUGUCCCCUAUUUUCAAUGGUCCUUCUCCUUUCAAAUUCCUCAACUGCUGGUCUUCCCACCAUACCUUCCAUCCUCUAAUCCUUCAAAAUUGGGGUCCAUACGAAGGAGGGGGAAUGAGAGGACUAUCCCAAAAACUGAACAAUAUCAGGUCCAUUCUGCAGCAUUGGAACAAAUCCACAUUUGGGAACAUCUUCAAAGACAGGGAACACCAUGAAAACCUCCUAGCAGAAGCUGAAAUUGCUUUUACCUCUGACCCCUCAGAAGAGAAUGACAAUCUCCUACAACAGGCCAGAUGUGAACUCAACAAGCUUGUAGCAAGAGAAUACUCCUACUGGAAACAGAAGGCAAACUUAAAAUGGGUCAAAGAGGGGGACCUUAACACCAAAUUCUUCCAUGCAUUUGUGAGACAUAGAAGGAUGCAACAAUCCAUUGGCAGUAUUAAAGGAAAGGAUAACUCUUGGUUAACCACCUGGCAGGACAUCUCAUAUGAAGCCCUACAUUUCUUUAACAGCCUGUUUACAGAAGAACCCAGUCAUCCUCAUGCUGAAUUCAUCUUCAACAUUCCCUCCCUCCUAACCCCUGCUGAUAACAACCUCCUCACUUCCCUCCCCUCUCUUGAAGAGGUGAAAGAAGCUGUGUGGGACCUCAACCCUGACAGCUCCCCUGGUCCAGAUGGUUACUCAGGCCAUUUUUUAGAAAAUGCUCAGCGCCGCAAUCCUGCGCAAUGGACUUGGAAAAUUUAUGGCGGCAAGUACCUGGAAACUCUGCGUAACUAACCCCCUGGAAGGAGAAGCAAUGGGUCUACUAUUGGGCCUAACUUGGGCUAAACACUUCUCGGAAAAUAUUUGGGCCCAUUCGGACUCGGAGAUCACCGUCAAAGGUAUACACAAACAUUCAAACCCGGGUUUAACUCCCGAACUCUGGAUCCGCCUCUAUGAAGCGUCACAACAACAAGGUACCAAAAUCAGACACAUCCUGAGAGAAGGCAAUUUGGGAGCACAUACUUUAGCAAGAUGGAGUAACAAACACUAUGUUUUUUC